AUGCUGCCAUUCAAGGGGCUCGACGUCGAUGUGACGCACAUCAUCGCGUCGUGCAUGUCGAUUGACGAUCUAGUCAAUGCUGUGGCCGUGUCAACCUCGUGGUGCGACUACUUUACUCCGCUGAUUGUAAAGAUGGUCAAGUUGGAGCAGCCUGACCCAGUGUACCGCGAGCUGUGGCUUGAUCAGACGCGCUUGGUGUACGAAAAGGCGCGCUAUACGCCCACUGCGUGGGAUAAUGCCUGGGGGCACACGCGAUGGGUUCCGCACGUGUUCGAGUCGGAUGACCUGUCGCUUUGCGCGGUGUCGCCCCACGACGGGCGCGCACUCUGCGUCACGGCUCACGCGCCGCACCUCGCCGAGCCGUCUCGAGCCAAGACGUUCGAGUUUGACGACGAGCUCCGCCCUGUCCCCGGCACCCAGUCGGGCGGGUACACCAACUAUGACCUGCCCGACUCUGCCGCGUUUGGCUGGCCGUCGGUUAUCGGCCUGGGUCCCGUCAUGCUUCGCUGCGCCGAGGGGCCUGAUACUGAAGAGUUUGUCAACUCGCGACAAGCUGUCGAGGUCUGGGUGUCGUCUGAGGAUCGGGCACGCUUCACAAGCCUCGACGAGUUGGCAGGGGUGAAGCGGCGAGAAACGGAGGUAGCCGACGGGUUCGAGUACCUCGCCUCGUUUCCGUUCCGGAUUGAUCUCACCAUGGGGCGCUACGGCAGGGGGGAGCGCCUUAACCCCCCACUGGACAGGCUGAUCGCCAUGCACGUCGACUACGACCAGGACGGGGCGCUGGGGAUCUCCGUCGCGUACAGCAACAAGGGCGAGACGACGGUGACACGGAUUGCGGACAAGAAGGGCCGCGAGUCGACGACAAAGGACAAGCUCGUUACUGUCGUUGACCAUGGGCUUGUGGGACGAGGGCUAGGGUAUCUCCGCAAGGGAGUGGUGACAACACUGCUCGACAACACGCACAUCUUUGCCGCCGACCGCUCAGAGAUCCAGGUGUGGUCCCGUGCCACAGGGGCGCACCUCGUGACGCUUGAUGUGCGGACGUUGCCGAACACUGGCCCUGCGUUCGACGUCCGACUGGAGAACGAGCACCUCGGCUACGAAAUCGAGGACAUGAUGGAGGUGAUCCACAAGUGGAACCCGCUGCCCGAGACGGUACCCAACAGCACCACGCGCAACUGGAUGAUGUCGAUGCCCACUGUGCUGCCCGGCAAUGAGAAGUAUGCCGAGCUCACGGCCCCUGACCCCGACUACCGUAUCGAGGAAGGAACCAUACUGCUGUCGGGCACGACUCUGGCAUUCGGGACAGCAGGCAAGUUGUACGCCGUGCCGGACUAUGGGACGCUGUUUGCCCGUGUGGCCUCUGAGCCCGAAGACAAGCGGGCCGACCUUGUGGCCGAGUGCACUGUUCAAAUAUGCCACGGGUACGACCACUAUGCCUUGGCGGGUGAAGGUCACCAUUUGUUGUUGUUACUCGAGGACACAACCUAUCUCUUCUACCUGGGUACCAUCCCCGCACUGCCCCUAUCGCCCGAGUCGCCGUGGACUUCGUGGGAGAUGUGCCAGUAUCUUGGCAUUGGACGACAGUUUGAUCUGGGCCGCGCGUACGCCACUCGACACCUCGUGACCCAGUCGGCGUUGUACGAGGUCGUGUCCCUCACGCCGGACCAGGAGCUAAGAUACGACACCUGUGGGUGGGUCGAGGCUACGCUCGACUUUCCAAAGACGAUCUGGUGGAAGCGGCGCUGGACGGACUCGGUCCGGGGUUAUCCUUGUGCCAUCCGCCUCAUCUCGUUCCACAACCAUGACCUGUUCAAGGGUAAACCCCCGGCGUACAUCAUCGAGGGUGAGGAGGCGGCCGAGACAGACUACGCCUCGGGGUACGAGGACGACUUUGACGACUUUGACCCCGAGGACGAGUGGGGUGACGGCGAGCCGUUCUACGACGACGAGGGCGACUUCUUCGACGAUGACGACGGUGAAACCUUUGACCCGGACGCAGAGUAUGUGAACGAUUGGUACUGAUGGUGAUCCACAUGUGCCUUACUGGCAUGCAUCUACUGUGCCCAGUUGCGUCCAAAGCGAGCUCCCUGCCGCCAC